GUACAGUUUUCUAUAAAAACACAAAACUAAAAGAGAUUGAAACACAAAGUACCUAGAUAUUGUUGCACUUGCUGAACAAUUUUUAUCGUGAAAUUCUUGCUUACCUAACUUAAAACAAUGUGUCUUGCAGAAGGAAAUAAAAAAUCAGUGGCGAUCAUUGGCUGUGGAGCAGCUGGAUUAGCAGCUCUUAAACACUUUACAGCUGAAGGAUCUCCUUUCACGUGUGUGUCAUAUGAACAGACUGACAACGUUGGUGGCACUUGGGUAUACACUGACAGAGUAGGCAAAGAUAAAUAUGGUUUACCAGUUCAUUCGAGCAUGUACAAAAGUUUAAGAACAAAUUUGCCUAAAGAAAUUAUGGAACUUCAAGGAUUUCCACAUAAAGGUCCUGAAGACAAAUCAUAUGUGGCAGCCAAUGAAAUGCUAAAAUACUUGGAAGACUACGCAGACCAUUUUGACUUAAUAAAACAUAUCAAGUUCCAUCAUCACGUAAAGGAAAUUAGUCCUCUAGAGGGUGAUCGUUGGCGUGUGACUGUAAUCGACUUGCAAGAAAAUAAUGUGGAAGUAUUGGAAUUUGACGGAGUUGUUAUUUGUAUUGGUAACUACAGUAAUCCAGCAAUUCCCGAAGUUCCUGGAAUAGAGAAAUUUUGUGGAAUGAAAAUUCAUAGCCAUGAUUACAGAGAUUCUUCGAUAUUUAAGGACAAAAAUACUGUGGUGAUUGGUUGUGGUCCCUCGGGAUUAGAUAUAUCAUUUGAUAUUGCAAAAGUUGCAGAAAAAGUUUACUUGAGUCACCACAACCAGCGUGUUAAAAACAUGAAAUUCCCAUCAAAUAUGGUUCAGAAAAUUGAUAUUAAAGAGGUAGUAGAAAACGGAAUAGUUUUCCAAGAUGGAUCUUAUGAACAAGUUGAUUCGAUUUUAUAUUGCACAGGAUACAACUAUAAGUACCCAUUCCUGAGCCCAGAAUGUGGUAUUCGUGUAGAGAACAAUCACGUAAAGCCACUUUUCAAGCAUAUACUAAAUAUUGAACACCCUACAAUGUACUUUAUUGGAAUUCCAACCAACACUGCUGGUUUCUGUAUGAUUGAUUUACAGGUACAAUUUGCCAAAACAUUCUUAGAAGGGCGAGUGAAAUUACCAAGUAAGGAAGAAAUGAUUGAGGAUACACGCCUAGACGUAGAGUCUAGAUUAGCAAGUGGAUUACGACCUAAAGAACUACACAUGAUGGGUCGUAGGUCAAAAGAUUAUUACGAUUCACUAGCAUCUUUAUCAGGACUGGAAUCAGUGUCACCUGUGGUUCUACAAAUCUACUUUGAUGGAAUUGAUAGAUUCAUGUGUGAUUUCUCACACUUCAGAGAAGACAAGUACAAAUUAUUGGAUAAAGAUCAUUAUAUGGUUAAAUUUCCAAAUGAAGAAGAACCCAUAAUGAGGAGACAAGAGAUUGUUUUAAAUAGCCACCAAAAUGAGAAGUCUUGGGAAUGUGGGAUGAAAACGCAUUUAUCAAAAAAAAUAAAGAUGAACGCCGGACUCGUUCCAAUGAACACAUACGUCAAAGUUUCAAUCGUAUCUAUAUUACGAAUUUGUAUCAAAAAACACAAUUUAACUCAAAUACGUGACCGCCAUAGUCAAGUACAAGAAGCGAACAAAAAGACCGUCGGAAUCAUUGGCUGUGGAGCAUCCGGUUUGGCGGCUUUGAAAAAUUUUGCAGCCGAUGAUUCGAUGUUCAAAUGUGUAGCAUUUGAACAGACCGCCAGCAUUGGAGGUACAUGGGUGUACACAGACGAUGUUGACAGAGACCAGUACGGCUUACCAGUUCACUCCAGCAUGUACAAAAGCUUGAGGUCAAACUUGCCAAAAGAAAUUAUGGAGCUAAGUGGAUUUCCACAUACAGGUGUUGGGGAUGCUUGCUACUUUCCAGCUGCAUACAUACAGAAAUAUCUGAACGAUUUUACUGAUCAUUUCAAUUUAAGACCACAUAUUAAGUUUCAUCAUCAUGUAGAAAAAGUAAGACCUAUCAAUAAUGGCCAAUGGGAAUUAAAUGUUCUCAACUUGCAACAACAAAGUAAAGAAACUUUCAUCUUUGAUGCAUUGGUGAUAUGUGUUGGUAAUUAUAGCAAUCCUGCUAUUCCAGAUGUUAAGGGUUCCAACAUAUUCAGUGGAAAAAUCAUGCAUAGUCAUAGUUAUAGAGAUGCAGAUUCAUUUAAAGGAAACUCAGUAUUGGUUAUAGGCUGUGGUGCAUCUGGCCUAGAUAUAUCAUUUGGUGCAUCACAAGUAGCAGACAAGGUUUUCUUGAGUCAUCAUCAACCUCGACUAUUGAAUCUGAAAAUUCCAUCUAAUUUUUUCCAUAAGACCGAUGUUAAAGAAAUUGUUGAAGAUGGUGUUAUUUUUCAAGAUGGCUCUUAUGAAAAAAUUGACACUAUAGUAUACUGUACAGGAUACACCUAUAAAUAUCCAUUUUUAAGUAGCGAAUGUGGAAUAAAAGUGGAAGAUAAUGUUAUUAAAAAUCUAUUUAAACACAUGAUUAAUAUUGAAUACCCAACAAUGGGAUUUAUUGGUGUACCUAGGAACACUACAGGAUUUUACUUAUUUGAUCUUCAGUCCAGAAUUUUUAAAAAGAUUUUAGAAGGUGGGGUAAAAAUGCCUAAUAAGGAUGAAAUGCUUCAAGAUACGUAUAAAGAAAUUGAGGCUCGAUUGGCUGGUGGUCAGAGAUUAAAGGAUCUUCAUGCGCUGGGUAAAACUAAGUGGGCCAUGGAGUAUUAUACUUCAGUUUCAAAAUUUGCUGGUGUAGAACACCCUCCACCAGUGUUAUUGCAAAUAUAUUUUGAUGGUAUUGGAAGGCUUUCAGAAGAUUUUUUGAACUUCAGAGGUGAUAAAUAUCAAAUUAUUGAUAGAGAACAUUAUAAAGUACAAUAUUUUGACCAAAAUGAACCGAUUAUUAAAAAACAAAUUUUAUAUUCUUUUUAAAAC